AUGUCGACAGGAUCGGACAGCGGCUCCUUGUCCAGCAGUGCCGGCAACUCGUCGCCCAACAGCUCCGCGCCCGCCAGCCUCUGUGACGAGCCCAUCGACACGGCCAAGGAUGACUCCUUGGCCACACCAGCUAGCGACAAUGCCGACGCAAAGGACGCAGCCGGGGCGUCAAGCACCCGGACCGAGGUCCUGUCGAGCAGCAAGACCGGGACAUCGGACCAGGGACCAGCCGUAACAGUCAACACGCCAAUCGAGGGCGAGGCCGAGCUGGCAAUCUCUGAGCCGGCCUCUGAGACCUGCGAGAAGAGCUCCGCGGACACCGCUGCAGGUGCCUCUGGAGACGUGGAUGAGUCUUCAAACCUCGGCCCUGCGCCCGCGGAUGCUCCAAACGCGGUUCUCGACAGCAAGGAAGGGAAGGCCGGGCUCGAGGACAAGGCUGCCGAGAAGGCUGUGGAGGCCAACGAAGAGAAGUGCGAGAGCGCCACAGACGAGAUAAACGCCGAAAAAACUGAGAAGGUAGUCGACGAGGCAAAAGGCGAGGGUGAAAAAAGCGAUGGCGAAACUCAGGAGAGCACCGAGGAAGAGAACAGGAACGAGGAGAACAAGAACGAGGAGAACAAGAACGAGGAGAACAAGAACGAGGAGAACAAGAACGAGGAGAACAAGAACGAGGAGAACAAGAACGAGGAGAACAAGAAUGAAGAGAACAAGAAUGAAGAGCCGGCAAAACCCCCUCCAAUGCUGCCCGACUGGUUCCUUGCCAGCAACGUUCUUCUCUUUCAAGAUUUGCCCGAUGUCACCCCGGGAAUUCGGUUUCUCAAAUCAGACGAGGACGAAGAGAAGGCAGCCCCGAACAAGGACGAAAAUGCCAAAGGCAAGAUGGACGAGUCCGGGGACGUAGCCGACUACGAGCUGGAACAGGACGUCUACGACGAGAUCCUAGACCUGGUCUCGCCCAUCCUCCAGCCUCCACCACCCCCCGCCCCGAAGUCGGCGAUGGAGGCCUGGGCCAAAGAGGCAGCGGUUGUCCUCCAAUCGCCGCGGCAAGGGUCUUUCGAGUUCCUCGGGCAUAUGGCACGCCGCAUCGCGCGGGACCUGCGCGCCGACAUGGUCUGGCUGGACCACAACGACGUCCCGAACCUCUGCGUGGACCUCUGGAACGCCGAGGCGGACGGCCAGCGGUGGAAGUCCGAGGAGAUGAACCUGGUCGAGACGGUCUUCACCCACAGCAAUGGCGAGGAGGUCAGCGCCGCAGCGUUCAAGGCCAUUCUAGGAAGCGUGCAGCGGAAGCUGGCUGUGGCUCACGGCGCCGACGAGAAGGAGGUGGCGCCGAGCCAGACAAACGUGGCAGACGCCGUGCCGGACGCGACCGGAAAGGAAGGCCAGGCAAAAACAGGCCGCCUUGCCGAUGCAGAAGCCGAAAACGACGCAGAAGUCGAUAACGAUGCAGAAGUCGAAAAGUCUAAAGGGACAAAGCCUGUGCCCGUGAGAGAUGAGACACAAGGCAAGGACGAGGAGGCCCGGGGCCGGGCUGAAGAGACUCGAGAGAAAGGCGAGGAGGCCUCAGGCGAUAAUAUCAACGAGGCGAAGGCGCCAACCCCGGAAAAGAGGCCUCUUGUAAUCCUGCUCGAGGAAGCGUCAGCCUUGCCAGAGGAAGAGACUUUUUGCCGGCGCCUCCGUGAGGCCGUCGUCGCUCAGCGAGAGCAAGGACAGCCUAUUCUCAUAUUGGCGACGGUGAUUUCGGCUCGCAAGUGGAGCGCUACGGGCCAGUACGUUAGGAAUGUCUGGGAAGGCUUGGGGGUCAAGUGGUCGACCUCCUUCAACGUCACGCCGCGGCAUACGAAGCGAGCCAGCGAGGCGCUGAAGCAGUGCGAAGAGCAAACCAAGCUGGUCGAGCGCUGGCGAUGGAUCCGGCGCGCGAUUCUCUGCGCUCUCCUGGAUGCGGGCCAGGACGCGGUCGCACAUACCCUGUUCCCCGGCACGCUCGCACAGGGCGAGAAGCACCGGCUGCCGGACCAACUGAGCGCGGACGCGCGACAGAUCCUCGUCAAGUGGAAGAACAAGGAGAUAACCACCGUCGUGCGCCAGGUCUGCGCGCGGGCCGGGCGCCCGGGCGCGCCGCCGCUUGAAGCAAAGGACGUGUACGCCAUCAUGGCGCGCACUCAGCGCAACAUCCAGUCCCUCAAGGCAUCGCGCGAGGCCGACGAGCCUUUCGAGGAUGAAGGAGGCGCGGGGAAGAAGGAGAAAAAGAAGAAGUCCAAGGUCCAGGAGCUUCUGGACAAGAUAAGGGGCGACUGCAGCGACAAAGAAAAGGUGCUGAUGAGCUGUGUAGUAGAUAUUGACCCCACAACAGCAGCCGCCGACGGCAUCCGCAUCGACCCGGAGACGAUGGCGGGCCUGGACCAGAUGCUCUCGCUCCGGGUGCGCAAGUCGUACGGGCUGUUAGCCAAGGAGGGCAUCAACGGUGGGGUGCUGUUCGGCCCGCCGGGGACGGGCAAGACGCACCUGGCGCGCGUGGUGGCGGCCAAGUCGGGCAUGAACCUGAUUGUGGCCACCCCGGCCGACGUGCAGUCGUGCUGGGUCGGCGAGACCGAGGCGCUAAUCCAGGCGCUCUUCUCACUCGCGCGCCGCAUCUCGCCCUGCGUCAUCUUCAUGGACGAGGCCGAGUCGCUGCUGGCGCGGCGCGGGUCCGGCGACCGCGAGUACACACGCAAGGCUAUGAGCCAGUUCCUGUCCGAGAUGGACGGGCUCGUGCAGGGCGACCGCAAGGCGCAGGCGCCCUUCUUGCUCAUCGCCACCAACCGGCCCGCGGACCUCGACGACGCCGUCUGCCGCCGCCUGCCGCACAUGCUGCACGUGCCCAUGCCGCGCCUGCCCGACCGCCGCGCCAUCCUGGACAUCUACAUGCGCGACGAGAAGGUGGCGGCCGACGUGAACCUGCAGCAGCUCGCCGUCGCGACCGACGGCUUCUCGGGCUCCGACCUGCGCACGCUGUGCGUGCAGGCGGCCAUGGUGGCGCAGCGCGACGCCGAGGAGGCGGCGGCGGUGGAGGGGAAGAGGGAGGGGGAGCAGGGGAAGGAGAAGGACGGGAAGAUGCAGGAAGAGGAGGAGCCACCCAGGGUCAUCAGCAACGCGCACUUCCGCAAAGCGCUAGCUCGGACGAGACCGUCGGUCACCCAGGAGUCGCUGAUGACGAUCGAGAGAUUCAUCAGGGGACAGAAGUCGACCCGUUAGGGUUAAGCUGAGAAGGAGGGUGCGCAGUCUUUGCCCGUUCUACGGGAUUAUCGCUGGAGUAACGUAACAGUAACAUGCUAUUUCUAGCAUACAA